AUGGUUUGUCUAGCUUCCGUUUAUGGAAAAUGGGUGGUGAUGGAAGACAAGACAUGGAAUUUUGAGGUCGAUAAAGGAAAAGGAGGGAGGAUGUUCUACUUGCGUGAUGGUUGUACACAUGAGGAGCUCCUUACAAUGGUACAAGCUGACUAUAUGCUGGAUAUGGAACCAGAGCGGGUGGAGUUAUCCUAUCCAUUACCAGAUGUUAUGCUCCAUCAAAUGCCCUCUGACUUUCCUCCUAUGUACAUCACCAACGAUGGGCAGGUCCAUAGCUUGAUAGAGCUAUGCAAAACGCAUGUGCUGCGCCUUUGCAUCUCUGUUGGAAACAAGGAUAAAGGUCAGCAGAGAGAUGAGGAUAACUAUGUCGAUGAAGAUAACUAUGUGGAUGAGGAUGAGUAUGAAGAGGAGGAGGAACUUUCAGAUGUAAACUGGGAUGCAAAUUCAGAUGAAGAAGUUGAGGAAGAGUAUGAUGAUGCAGGGGACGAUGACUAUGUGGAUGAAGAUUUUGCAGGAAAGAAAGCUGAAGACACGGACGCAGACUAUAGUGAGUAUGGGAAAGUUCAAGAUGAAGAUGAUUGGGAGAAAAAACGCUUUGAAGAAAGGCUUCGCAGAGGUGAUUUGAAUGGUCAUGGGGUAGGAUUCGAUGGGUCAGGCGAUAUAUCAGUUGGCCAGAGCUAUGUAAGCAAGAAUGAUCUCAUAUCUGCCUUGCGAGUGAAGGCAGUGAAGUCUAGAUUCGCCUUCAAGGUUUCUAAGUCUACUACCAAGCUCUAUGUGGCAAAAUGUUUUGUAGAUGGAUGCAAAUGGAUGUGCAGAGCUGCUAUAAAGAAUGAGGCAAAGAGGUUCUUUGUCACAAAGUAUGUCAAGGUUCAUACAUGCUCUGUGGUGGACCGUGCUCGAUUCCGCAAGGGAUGUACUCCAAGGUAUCUUGGGCAGAUAUUUGUAGAGCAGUUUGGAAUCAUUGAUGGAAUUGUCCCAAGGCAUAUUGCUUCCGCGAUAAGGGUGUUGCUUGGACUUAAGCUUAACUACACCACUUCUUACAGAGCUUUAAAAGCUGCCCAACUUUUUGUUAGGGGAACACCAGAAGCUGGAUAUGCGGCUUUGCCCUCGUACUUGCGAAGAGUGAAGCAGUCAAACCCGGGCUCCGUGACUGACCUUGUAUGUGAUGGCUAA